AUGCUUAAUCGUGAAGGCGACGACAUGAAUAUUGUGGUACUUCGAGCGAAAUGCCUCAAUGUUAUACAUAUGGCACUCAAAGUCAAGCAUGGACAACUUAAUCCAAUAGCAAUGGAUGCACUUCAGGCAUUCAUUCGAGAUCCGCGAUUUGAAAGCCAUGGUACCGUUGAAAAUGAAAGUGACACACUAGUUAUGCAAGUAUUAAAAACAAUCAAUCCACUCGAAUCUUGGAAGCCUCAUUUUCAAUGCAGAAUCCUCACAAUCAUAAUUGAAAUGAUGUGCAAUCCAAAAAAAAGAAUUUCAUUGACUAUCAUUAAGGAAACAAUACAGAUGUGCUCUAAAGUAUAUGGAAAUGCGGAAGAGACAAGUGUACGCUUGGCCGCCCGAGCUGCCGUAGCUCAAAUCGUCAGCUCAUUUUGUUCAACAGCCAAUUUACCAGAGGAAUUUGUUGCACAAGAAAGAAUAGCAAUAUUUAUGGAUGUAACAGCGCUUCUUGAUGAUACAGUUAAAAAUAUAGAUAAAUUAGGUCAUCAAACGGAGCGAGUGGUAAUCCUAUUGGACACAGUUUACUGUCUUCUUAGUGUGCAACCUAUUUCCAUUCAAACACAUCAACCUUUUAUCAAUGUUAUUUGGUAA